AUGAAAGAAAGCGAAAAAGAACUGGAUAAAAUUGCAAGAAAAUUAAAAAGACAAAAUGAUGAUGUUAAACACAAGGAGAACAAAAGGGAAACGACUGCAAGGAAAAUUAAAAGACAGAAUGAUGAAGUAAGGGAAAAAGAAAAAGACCUGGAUAAAACUGCAAGAAAACUAAAACGACAAAAUGUUGAAUCAAGAGAAAGUGAAAAAGAACUGGAUAAAAUUGCAAGAAAAUUAAAAAGACAAAAUGAUGAUGUUAAACACAAGGAGAACAAAAGGGAAACAACUGCAAGGAAAAUUAAAAGACAGAAUGAAAGUGAAAAAGAACUGGAUAAAACUGCAAGAAAAUUAAAACGACAAAAUGCUGAAGUGAAAGAGAAAGAAAGAGAAAAUGACAAGUCUGCAAGAAAAUUGAAAAGAUUAAAUUUUGAAGUAAAACAGAAAGAAAAUGAAGAAAAUAGAAUUUCAAAAAGCAAGAGUAGGGAAAAUCCCCUUGUUCUUCAAAAAGAACGACAAAAGAAGCAAGCUAAACGUAGUGACUUUUAUCACAGACAAAAUGAGAGGUUGGACAAUAAACAAAGGAAACAAGAAAAAAGAAAGAAUAAAGAAUAUUGCAAUAGAGAAAAUGAAAGAAAUAGACAAAGACAGUUUGGAAUAAACAUACAGGAUUGCAUUCACAAUUUCCAUGAGCAGAUUAAGCAUGGUCCAGUUUUUAUAUGCUCAUGUUGUCAUCAAACAUGGUUUAAAGAAAGUGUGUUAAAAGUGGAAAACACUAAACUUGAUGACACAAGUAAAAGCAGAUAUCUUACUUGUAUUACUUCUGUUGAUAAUGCAGAAUGGAUAUGCAAUACUUGCUACUCUUCAGUGAGAGAAGGAAAAAUCCCCAAGCUGUCUGUUCUCAAUGGUAUGACAUGGCCUCCUAAACCAAGAGAAUUGGAUUUGUUUUCAUUAGAAGAGAGACUUAUAUCACUUCGAAUCCCCUUCAUGCAAAUUAGAGAGUUGCCAAGAGGUGGACAAUAUUCUGUCAAAGGAAAUAUUGUGAAUGUUCCUGUUGAUAUUCAGCCUACUGUAAAUAGCUUGCCUAGAAAGAUGGAUGAAAAUAUCACAAUUCCUGUGAAGUUAAAGAAAAAGUUGUCUUACCAAAAAUGUGAUUAUCAUGAAAAUGUACGACCAACAAAAGUACUGAUUGCAUUACAUUGGCUUUUGAACAACAGUGACUUUUACAAGAAUGCAAACAUCAAUGUUGAUGAUAGCUGGUUUCAAGAAAUCACAUCUUCUGCAAAUGAAAUUGUUCAAGAACUAGUGCAAACACAAGCAAGAAGAGAUCAAAGUACUGGUAAUCUUGAGACAGAUGAAGAUGAUGAUGAUGAUGAGUAUUGUGAAGUAGAUGGAGUUGGUAGAGAUGGUAAUUGUGAUACUCUUUUAGAUGAUGCUUCUCAAGACAUGAAUCAGAUAUACACCUUUGCUCCAGGAGAAGGACAACGUCCCCUUAGUUUAUAUCAAGAUCAGACUGCAGAAUAUUUAUCAUUUCCUACAAUAUUUUGUGGAAAGGGAAGAUUACAGGAGGAUGAAAGACAAGUUCGUGUCUCGUAUGCAGAUAUUGCUAAAUGGGAAUUGAGAAGUGUUGAUAGACGUGCUGCACAGUCUGUUCCAAAUUUGUUUUUUAAGCUGAAAAAAAUACAAAUGAAACAAGUUACAGAUAAAUGCAACCUGGCUCUUAGGAAAUGCAAAACCAAAGGAAAAUCUAUCACAGCAAAUGAAAUUAAAAAUCCUGAACAUGUGAAUAGCCUUGUUAGACAUGAUGAAGGUUUUUUUGUGUUUAGACAGUUACGAAAUUCACCUGCAUAUCUGGAAACAAGAAAAAAGGAUGUAUUUGCAAUGAUAAGACAAUUGGGUUUACCAACAUGGUUUAUGUCCCUAUCUGCAGCUGAUACAAGAUGGAAUGAUCUCAUUCGAGCACUUGGAGUGUUAAAUGAUGGAAAGGAAUACACUGAUGAAGAAAUUGACAGUAUGACGUGGUUUGAAAAGUCAAAACUAGUACAAAAGGAUCCUAUUACAUGCACUAGAUACUUUGAUCAUAGGUUCCGUAUGUUCAUGAAUUCAGUGUUGAGAAGUGACCACCAUCCAAUUGGUGUUGUGAAAGACUUCUUUUAUAGAAUUGAAUUUCAGCAAAGAGGAUCACCACAUGUUCAUAUGAUUGUUUGGAUAGAAAAUGCACCAAAGUAUCAUGAAAAUACUGAACAGGAGAUAGUGAAUUAUGUAGAUAAUUACUUGAAAUGUGAAAAGAAUGAAGAAGAUGAUUUGACUGGCUUACAAGUACACAAACAUUCACAAACAUGUAAAAAGAGAGGUAAAGCUGUAUGUAGAUUUGGAUUUCCCCUUCCUCCUCUUGAAAAGACUUUGAUUUUGGAGCCACUUGAAUGUGAGGUUGACAAAUACAGGAAAAUGUAUGAUGAGAUUCAGAAACAGCUAAAUGAUAUGAGAAAUGGAUGCGAUUUGUCCUACAGGGAACUCCUAGGCACUGUUUUAAAGAUAUCUGAGGAAGAUUACAUUAAAUGCAUUAGAAGUUCACUGAGAGGUCCAAAGGUUUUUCUAGAGAGAAAGCCAUGUGAUAUGAGGGUCAACUCUUACAACAGUGUUGUUCUUGAUGCUUGGAAAGCUAACAUUGAUAUACAGUAUAUUUUGGACCCAUAUGCAUGUGCUAUGUAUAUUGUUUCCUAUAUAAGUAAAUCUCAAAGAGGAAUGAGUGAUUUACUAAACAGAGCAGCAAAAGAAGCUAGAGAAGGAAAUCUUGACAUCAAAAGACAGGUGCGUCAUAUUGGAAAUCAUUUUCUCAAUAGUGUAGAAGUUGGAGCACAGGAAGCAGCAUAUUUAGUGUUACAAAUGCCAAUGACAAAAGCAUCAAGAGAUGUUGUUUUUAUCAACACCAGUCCAUCAGAUGACCGAGUAAUUCUCAUCAAAACAGAUGCUGAAUUAGAAAAAUUGACACCAAAUUCUACAGAUGUGGAAUGUAGCAAUGCAAUUAAGCGGUAUGCAAAACGCCCAAAGCAGCUUGAAAAUUGGUGUUUAGCUGAUUAUGUAUCUCAACUAGAUGUUGUAUUCCCUAAAGAUGAUGAAAAGGAGGUCAUUGAAAAGGAAGUGAAUGAUGAUGAUGCUGAUAAGAGCAAUAUGUCAAAUGAUGAGGAAGAUAAUGAUUCAGAUGUUGACUUUAGUGAAAGUGAUACACUUGUUACUUUGAGAAACGGCAUAAAAAUUAGACGACGUAAAGUGCCAAGGGUAAUUAGAUAUGUGCGGUUUAACAUCAAAACUGAUACAGAAAACUACUACAGAGAAAAACUUAUGUUAUUUUUGCCUUGGAGAGAUGAAUCGGUUGAUUUAAUAUCUGGAACUGACACAUUUGAAAAGUCAUUUAAUCUAAGGAAGUCCUUUCUCACACACAAAGUCAAGGAAUAUGAAUACAAUGCUGAUCAGCUUGAUGCAGCUCUGCAAAUGGCAAGUGAGGAUUUUUCAGAAGCUUAUGAUGAAUUGGCACCAAAUGCUCAACAAACAGAAGCAGAGGAUGAAAAUGAAGGGUCUCAUGAAUCUGAGAACUUUGUCCCAUUUAAUCCCGAGAGACCACUUGAACAAAGACAGUAUGAUAUAGGUUCUGAUAUUGGCAUUCCAUCAACAAGACAAAUAACAGAAGAGAGUUCUGUAAGAUUAUCAGAUAGUGAAUACUUAAAACUUUUAGGAAGUCUGAACAUAAAGCAGAGGGAAUUUUUCAAUCAUGUCUUGCAAUGGGUCAAAACAAAGGGAGAACCUAUUUAUGCUUUUUUAUCUGGGGGUGCUGGUGUUGGCAAGUCUGUUUUGAUAAGAGCACUAUAUCAAGCUCUGCACAGAUAUCUGUGUUCCACUGAAGGUGAAAAUCCAGAUGACAUAAGAAUACUACUUUGUGCUUAUACGGGCAAGGCAGCAUACAACAUUGGAGGUGUAACUAUCGCAUCUGCUUUUCAUCAAAAAAUUAAUCAAAGUCAACAAAGCUUACACUGUGAUGAGUUGAACACUUUUCGUACAAAGUACCAAAACCUGAAAGUAAUCAUUAUUGAUGAGAUAUCAAUGGUAGGGAACAGAUCAUUAGCACUGAUUGACAGCCGUCUACAACUUCUCACAGGCGUCAAAAAACCUUUUGGUGGUAUAAGUAUCAUUGCUGUUGGUGAUUUUUUCCAACUUAAGCCUGUGAUGGACCGUUGGAUCUUUCAGGAUUUAAAUCAUGAUGCCCAAGCUCUUGCAAACAAUCUUUGGAAGGAGCAUUUUUCUAUUUUUGAGUUGGAUGAAAUUAUGCGCCAGAAAGAUGAUAUUGAGUUUGCUCAACUUCUUAAUCGCCUUCGUUACAAUGCAAUGACAACAGAAGAUAUGAAUGUAAUAAAAAGAUGCAUGAUAACAGAAAAGAGUGACAAUUAUCCACAUCAUGCUCCCCAUCUCUUUACACAAAAUUCUAAAGUAGAUGCAUACAACAAUCAGUUGAUUGAAAAACUUGAAGGAGAAAAGGUCACAGUGAAUUCAGUGGAUUCUGUUAUUAAAGAUUAUUCAAAAGAAGUUAAGGAAAAACUGCUUAGAUCUCUUCUUAAAGCUGAUGAUGUCAGCAAAACUGCCAAUUUAAUGCAAAAUCUGAUUCUUGCGGUUGGGAUGAUAUAUGAUAUCUCAGUCAAUAUUGAUGUCUCUGAUGGUUUGACAAAUGGUUCAUCAUGUAAGGUACAAUUGAUUGAAAGGAAAAUGGAAGGCAUAUCAAGACCAAGCAUUGUUUGGGUGAAUUUUUUUGACUCUGCAAUUGGAAAAACAACUCGAAGGAAAUACAGACAUUUAUAUCAUGAUGGAAUUUCUGAGAACUGGACACCAAUUUUUGAAGUUCAACGGUCUUUUCUUUUGAACUACAAUACUUUCCAGAGAAUUCAAUUUCCGCUACGGCCAUCUGCAGGGAAAACAAUUCACAAAGCCCAAGGUUGCACCGUUGAUGAAAUUGUAAUUGAUUUAUCUCAAACAAAAGUGAGGAAAAUUCCCCACAUCCACUAUGUAGCACUUAGUCGGGUACGGUCAGUAGAUCAUUUGCACAUUCUAAACUUCAAUGAGCAGGCAUUGGCUAUGGAUGAACAAGUUGUAGAUGAAAUGGAAAGAAUGAAAAAAGAGGAACCACUGCAACUUUGUUAUGUCCCAAUAUACCAGGUUGACAUAAAUUGUUUAAAGAUUGCUUUUAACAACUGCAGAUCUCUUCAUAAACAUUUCCCACAAAUUCAGUAUGAGCCAAACAUUCUUGCAUCAGAUGUAGUUGGAUUCUCAGAGACAAGAUUAACUAGUGCAGAUGUCGAAAAUUAUCAACUUCAGGGAUACACAGCAAUAUUUAACCAUGAGAUUUUAGAUAGUUCUGAUAGACGUCCACAUCAUGGAACAGCACUGUAUGUGAAAGACAUUUACAAAACAACUUGCAUCUCAAAGGAAAACAGUGGUCCCAUGGAGUUCAUUAAGGCAAACAUACAGUUAAACCAACAUAGAGAGUUUGCAUUAAAUAUGAUGGGGCACCUAAAUAUAAACACCGCAGAGGGAGAUGCAAAAUUGAUGCCCCCUCCCUCACCCCAUUUGUUCCAGUCAUACCCCACAAAGUUUGGGGUAUACACUGGAAUCACCAUGUCCACCUGCUUGUUUGGGUGUGCACUGAAAGACACCUUUCAAGGUGGAAUAGAGGAGGUAAUAUCUACACUACAAGAAGCCUUGUUGUCUGUCCUCGUUAAAGGAGAGGGUGGGAUAUCAUUAGACUUAGGACAAACUACAAUGAAAGUCAACCGAACACAGCUUGAAGAAGUAAGUUAUGGAGUAGAGGAUGAUAUUCCAGUAGAAGAAAUGGAGGAAGAAAUUGUUUGUGAAUGGACGCUGGGCAUCCUAUGUGACAAUAGCAAAGAUGAUGACUAUUUCUACCUAGUUACUGUUGUCACCGGUUUGAGAGCAGGUGCGGGUACUCAGUCCAUAGUUAACUUUAUCCUGUACGGCGAGCUAGGAGAGAGCGGGGUUCGUAUUCUGAGUGAUGAUCUGCAAAAGGUGCUUCUUUUCGCUGCUGUAUUUUCAUUUAUUAUGAAACACCCUGCAACUAACAGAAGUGUUGAAUUUGAUGAAAAACUUUUGAAGAAAUACUGUACGUUCCAUUCGAGCAAGAAAUCUAAACAAUAUGCUGAACUUGUUGGAUCAGUGUUCCAUAAAAUGAAACCAUUCAGCGAUUCAAAAUUUCUGGAUAUGCGUAAAAGACAACAAGAAGCAGCUGCAGCAAAAAGCAGUUUCCGAGAUCUUAUGGUUUCCCUCAUAUUAGCUGGGAGUGUUGUGGCUAUAGGAUUCACUGAGUUUGAUGUCAGUGCUUAUUACCUUCAAAACAAUAUCAGAAACUACCUUGUAAGCGAUGGAUAUGGCCAGUUUGGAUUUUCAGCGGUUAAUGACUCUGAUGGUUUUUAUAAAUGGAUGAACGAUACGUUUAUUCCUGCAUGUUACCCUUUGCAGACAUACAACGAAGUAAACCUAGAUAUUUUAGGAAAACAAAUGUUUGGCGAUUUGGCAAGCAUAAGAGUUGGUCCUGCUCGCAUAAGGCAGGUUCGAAUGCCGGAAC